AUGGUUGAGAAGAACUUAAGGUUCAUGUUCCUUCUCUCUUUGUUUGUUUCAACAACCUUAUCGCAACAAACACAAACAUGUCAGACACAUACCUUCACAAACAACCAACGAUUCACCUCAUGUCGCGAUCUACCUCAACUCACCUCGUACCUUCACUGGACAUUCGACCAAACAACAGGAAAACUCGACAUAGCAUUCCGACACGCAGGAAUCACAUCAGCGAACCAGUGGGUCUCAUGGGCUAUUAACCCUAACAACGAUCUCACAUCCUCCAUGACUGGAGCUCAAGCUUUGGUUGCAAUUCCACAAUCUAGUGGUUCGCCAAGAGCUUAUACUUCUUCGAUUGCGAGUCCCGCUACUCAAUUAGCGGAGAGUAGAAUUAGUUACAAUCAUUCGAGGUUGAGUGCUACACAUGUGAAUGAUGAGGUUACGAUUUUUGCGACGAUUAAUCUUCCUAGUGGUGUUACUUCUUUGGUUCAUCUUUGGCAAAACGGUCCUGUGUCUGGUGGUUCUCCUCAAUCACAUGCCACGGAUAAUAGUAAUUUAAGUUCGAAGGAGAGGUUGGAUCUUCUUUCUGGUGUCACUCAAGCUGGAUCAGGUGGAGGUUCACUAAGUAGAAGAAGAAAUACUCAUGGAAUACUAAAUGCAGUGAGUUGGGGAAUUUUGAUGCCCUUGGGAGCUGUCAUUGCAAGGUACUUGAAGGUGUUCAAAUCUGCAGACCCUGCUUGGUUUUAUCUUCAUGUUACCUGUCAAACAGCUGCUUAUAUAGUCGGUGUUGCUGGAUGGGGUACCGGUCUAAAACUCGGCAGUGACUCGGUUGGUGUUACCUACUCAACUCACAGAGCACUCGGCAUCGCUCUCUUCUGCCUUGGAACCCUUCAGGUUUUCGCUCUGCUAUUAAGGCCCAACAAAGAUCACAAAAUCAGAAUCUACUGGAAUUUCUACCAUUGGGGUAUCGGAUACGCAACGAUAAUCAUCAGCAUUAUCAACAUCUUUAAAGGGUUCGACGCAUUGGAGGUGUCUGCAGGGAACCGUUACGAUAACUGGAAGCAUGCGUACACCGGCAUUAUUGCAGCUUUGGGUGGCAUUGCUGUACUUUUAGAAGCUUACACAUGGAUCAUUGUGAUCAAAAGGAAAAAAUCAGAGAACAAGUUGUCACAUGGAACAAAUGGAACAAAUGGAUAUGGUCAGCAGGUGUAG